AUGUUCCUUCUCAAAACAUGGAGAUCAACAGCUUUUGGUGUCUAUGGGUACCUCAAUUUUACCAAAUCUGGUUUCUUGGAACACUCAAAAAAAUUCAAGGCAGAAGACAUGCAAACACAAAUAGAGGGGAAGAACUGCAUUGUUACAGGAGCUAAUUCUGGCAUUGGUUAUGCGGCUGCUGAGGGUCUUGCUUCACGAGGGGCAACUGUCUAUAUGGUAUGCCGUAAUAAGGAGAGGGGAGAAGCUGCUCUUUCUAAAAUUCAGUCUGCGACUGGCAACAAAAAUGUUUACUUGGAGGUGUGUGAUAUUUCUUCAGUCGGUGAGAUAAAGUCAUUUGCUUCCAGUUUUUCGUCAAAGGAUGUUCCUAUUCAUGUGCUGGUUAACGAUGCUGGUUUGCUUGAGCAUAAGCGGAUUAUCACACCAGAAGGAUAUGAGUUGAAUUUUGCUGUGAAUGUACUCGGCACUUGCACCAUGACAGAAUUGAUGUUACCUUUGCUGGAGAAAGCUGCACCUGAUGCUCGUGUUAUUACAGUUGCCUCUGGUGGAAUGCAUACGGCUCCCUUGACCAAAGAUCUUCAGUUUAGCGGCACCAAUUUUGAUGGGGUGGAACAGUAUGCUCGGAACAAGCGAGUUCAGGUGGCAUUGACGGAAAAAUGGGCUGAAAUGUACAAGACCAAAGGUAUUGGAUUCUACUCCAUGCACCCAGGUUGGGCUGAGACACUUGGAGUGGCCAAGAGUCUGCCCGGUUUCUCUCAAUCAUAAGGAUUUUUGCAAUUGAUCAUCGCUAUUUAUACUUCAUUCAUCAUUCACAUUAAGAUAUCCCAUUCCAAUGGCAAUGUAAAUUCUCUUUAUUUUAAUAUUUUUGCAUAUUCACUCAAAUGAAAUAUGAAUUCACCUACUUGCAUGUGAUACUCCAGAUUGUCAGGGAAACUUAGAACAAGCGAGGAAGGUG